AUGCCUUUUAUACCCACGUCAACAGACGCCUGCAAUGGCUACAUAAGGCCUGGUACUAUCGACCUUUCAAGAACAGAGAACUUCCUCCUGCGAGAGGAGCUUGCGGAGAUAGGCAAGACCACCAAAACACAUGAUUCCCAGUACCAUGACUGUGGAGAUUCAAGGCUGCUGCUGGAGUGUCUGGCAAGGCUCUUCAACAAUUAUUUCAACCCUUGUAUUCCGGUUAGUCGAUCACAUAUUGCUAUUGCUCCGGGUGCAGCUGGCUGCCUCGAUGCACUUCUGUAUAACAUUUGUAACCCUGGCGAUGGUGUCCUUAUGCCUGGCCCCCAGUGGGGUGACUCUGAGAUCGAGAUGAAUUAUACCUACCCUGGUGUAAAGACUGUAACAGUCAACAGCAACACUUGUGGGACAUCCCAUCAUUUUCUCAGAGCAUUAAACGACGCCAUCGACAGUGCCCCCUGCAAAAUCAAGGCUCUGAUUCUAAGGAACAUGAGCAGUUCAUUCGGUGAAUGCUAUCCGCAGGAGUUCCUUGAAAUAGCCCUUAAAUUCUGCCAACAGAGGCGCAUCCAUUUCAUCUCUGACGAAGUAUAUGCCCUGACUUCCUUUUCUUGUGCGGAAAUUUCGGAUCCUGUUCCUUUCGUGUCUGCCUUGGCUUUAAACGCGCGAGCAUUGGGGUGUGACCUGUCAAGGAUACAUACUAUCUGGAGCAUCAGCAAAGAUUUUGGAGCAACGGGGGUUCAAGUUGGCAACAAAGAACUUAUCCGUGGGCUUGCCAAUGCCCCAAAUGCCAGGAUCACACCUGCAUCGCAUGCCUUUGCUGCCUCCCUUCUUUCCAGCCCUAGGCUUCCUAUCUUGAUUGCUCUUAACUCUGCCGGACUGGCUGAAUGCUAUAUGCUCAUCACCUCCUUCUUUGUACGGCAUGGCAUCAAGUAUAUCCCCGUCAACGCAGGUCUGAGUAUAUUCGCUCGUUUGGCACCUAAUGCAAGGUCGCGGGACGACGAAACGGAGUUCGUGCAGCUUUUGAAGAACGCGGGUGUCAUGGUCAACAAUGCUGGAGGAAGUUUUCAUAAGACGUUCAAGGAGAAAGGAUGGGUACGGAUAUCCUUCUCUGUCGAACCACAUCAGCUGCAUGAGGCUCUGGGACGUAUCGAGCUCGCCUUGGGAUUGGAUUUGAGGUAG